GGAUCGAGCAUGCUUUGACUAUCUGGAAUGUGAUAUUGUGCGGAGAACACUCAAGAAGCAACAAGAUUUUGGACGGCAUCUGGAGUAACGGGACUCUGCUCGGUUUUUCUGUGGGAAGCGUGGCGCAGUGGAGGAAGCCCUGCCGCAAAGGAAGCACCGAUUUGUGCGUCUGCGAGAUCAACACUGAACUCUACUGGGACCUGGAGCAGCGGGCGGUAAGAGGAGGAGGCCAUGUGGACCGCACGCCUGCUCGUCCUCGCCAGCCUCUUUGCACCAGCCGCUCUCGCCUUCAGUCGAGCGCCCGUCCCCAUGGCGGUGGUCAGGAGGGAGCUGUCGUGCGAGGGUUACCCCAUCGAGCUGCGCUGCCCUGGCACCGAUGUCAUCAUGAUCGAGAGCGCCAACUACGGGCGCACCGACGACAAGAUCUGCGACGCAGACCCGGCGCAGAUGGAGAACACGCGCUGCUACCUGCCCGACGCGUACAAGAUCAUGUCACAAAGAUGUAACAACCGGACGCAGUGUGCUGUUGUGGCCGGACCAGACGUGUUUCCUGACCCCUGCCCGGGAACAUACAAAUAUCUGGAAGUCCAGUACGAAUGUGUGCCCUACAAAGUGGAACAAAAAGUCUUCCUGUGCCCAGGGCUUCUGCGCAGGGUGUACCAGAGCGAGCACCUCUUCGAGUCGGACCACCAGUCUGGAGCAUGGUGCAAAGACCCGCUGCAGGCCUCCGAUAAGAUCUACUACAUGCCCUGGACCCCGUACCGCACCGACACGUUGACCGAGUACUCCUCCAAAGAGGACUUCAUCGCCGGGAGGCCGACCACCACCUACAAGCUGCCGCACCGCGUGGACGGGACCGGCUUUGUCGUGUACGACGGGGCGCUUUUCUUCAACAAGGAGCGCACACGCAACAUCGUCAAGUUUGACCUGCGGACUCGAAUCAAGAGCGGCGAGGCCAUCAUCGCCAACGCCAACUACCACGACACCUCUCCCUACCGCUGGGGGGGGAAGUCGGACAUUGACCUAGCUGUGGAUGAGAACGGCCUCUGGGUGAUUUACGCCACCGAGCAGAACAACGGGCGCAUCGUCAUCAGCCAGCUGAACCCCUACACAUUACGCGUGGAGGGCACCUGGGACACGGCCUACGACAAGCGCUCAGCCUCCAACGCCUUCAUGAUCUGUGGGAUCCUCUACGUGGUGAAGUCCGUGUACGAGGAUGACGACAACGAGGCCACAGGAAACAAGAUCGACUACAUCUACAACACGGAGCUGAGCAAAGACGGCUUCCUGGACAUCCCCUUCCCCAACUCCUACCAGUACAUCGCAGCCGUGGAUUACAAUCCCAGAGACAACCUGCUGUACGUCUGGAACAACUACCAUGUGGUCAAAUACUCUCUGGACUUUGGAGCGCUGGACAACAGGCUUGAAUCCUCCUCUUCUGUGGUGGUUUACAUGGACACCACCACCAUGAUGACGAGCUCCUCCCCUCGAAUGACCACCUCUACCAGGACCACAUCCAGGACCACCACCGCCAAGAAGCCUUCCUCCACCACCCCCGCAGCGCUGGUCCCGUGGCCCCGCACCACCUCCACAGCGUCGGCCCCCGUGCACACGCUGGUGGGGGGUCUGCUCCCUGAGGAGGAGCACAGCAGGGAGCCACCUUCCUCCAAGCUCCCCAACAUCAGGGUGGAGUACUGCAACCCCCUGGUGAUGAUGGACGUCUCCUGGCCCAGAACCAAGCAGGGCACGGGGGUCAAGAUGCCCUGCCCCCCAGGAACAUUAGGCGUGGCCUCCUACAUGUGCGUGGGUCCAGAGGGAUACUGGGAACCCCAGGGGCCCGACUUCAGCAACUGCACCUCCCCCUGGGUCAACCUCAUCAGCCAGAAGAGGCCGUGGAGCCGUCUGGACACCAACAGGAAGAUAUUCUGA